UAUGGCGAAAGCGGACAAUGGAUUACGAUUUCAAGGCGAAGCUGGCGGCCGAGCGGGAGCGAGUGGAGGAUCUGUUUGAGUACGAGGGCUGCAAAGUGGGACGCGGCACCUACGGGCACGUCUACAAGGCGAGGAGGAAAGAUGGAAAAGAUGAAAAGGAAUAUGCACUGAAGCAAAUUGAAGGGACAGGAAUAUCCAUGUCGGCUUGUAGAGAGAUUGCACUUUUACGAGAAUUGAAGCACCCCAACGUGAUUGCAUUACAAAAGGUGUUCCUUUCUCACAGUGACCGAAAGGUUUGGCUUCUCUUCGAUUAUGCAGAACAUGAUUUGUGGCACAUUAUCAAGUAUCAUCGUGCUUCAAAAGCAAAUAAAAAGCCGAUGCAGUUGCCAAGAUCUAUGGUCAAAUCGCUACUCUACCAGAUCCUUGAUGGAAUUCAUUACCUCCAUGCAAACUGGGUGCUUCACAGAGAUCUGAAACCAGCAAAUAUCCUGGUAAUGGGAGAAGGCCCUGAAAGGGGAAGAGUUAAAAUAGCUGACAUGGGUUUUGCCAGACUAUUCAAUUCUCCCCUAAAACCUCUAGCAGAUUUGGAUCCGGUCGUGGUGACAUUCUGGUAUAGAGCUCCAGAGCUGUUGCUUGGUGCAAGGCAUUACACAAAAGCCAUUGAUAUAUGGGCAAUUGGCUGCAUAUUUGCUGAACUAUUGACUUCAGAACCUAUUUUUCAUUGUCGACAAGAGGACAUCAAAACAAGCAAUCCUUUUCAUCAUGAUCAACUGGAUCGUAUUUUCAGCGUCAUGGGGUUCCCUGCAGAUAAAGACUGGGAAGAUAUACGGAAGAUGCCAGAAUAUCCAACACUUCAAAAAGACUUCAGAAGAACAACAUAUGCCAAUAGUAGCCUCAUAAAGUACAUGGAGAAACAUAAAGUCAAGCCUGACAGCAAAGUUUUCCUUUUGCUUCAGAAACUUCUCACUAUGGAUCCUACAAAGAGAAUUACCUCAGAGCAAGCCUUGCAAGAUCCUUACUUCCAGGAGGAUCCCUUGCCUACAUCAGAUGUAUUUGCUGGCUGCCAGAUUCCAUAUCCCAAACGAGAAUUCCUUAAUGAGGAUGAACCUGAGGAAAAAGCUGACAAGAAUCAACAACAGCAGAAUCAACAUCAGCAACCAACGGCACCUCAGCAGCAACAGCAGCAAACCGCCCCGCUGCAGCAACAGCAAAACAGCACUCAGACAAAUGGAACUGCAGGAGGAGGAGGAGGAGGAGGAGGAGGAGGAGGGGGAGGAGAAAGAGGAGGAGGAGGUGGAGGAGGAGCAGCCUGUGGUACUGGGGCAGGUCUCCAGCAGAGUCAGGACUCUGGACUCAAUCAGGUGCCUCCAAAUAAGAAACCACGGAUAGGAGCUUCCGGCACUAACUCAGGCGGGCCUGUAUUGCCUUCUGAUUAUCAGCACUCCACUUCCCGCCUGAGUUACCAAAGUAACGUUCAGGGAUCUUCUCAGUCCCAGAAUGCGAUGGGGUAUUCGACAUCAUCUCAGCAGGGCUCUCAGUAUCAUCCGUCUCAUCAGUCUCACAGAUACUGAGGAGGCUUCUGGACUCCGUUCAUAAUGGAAUGGACUGAAAGAGAAAUAGCUCCAGCAAUAUUAAGUUCGUAUUGAGAAGAACCAAAAAUGCAAACUGUGAUGAGAAGUCACAAUCACACAAGGAACUCUAUUUUUUGUUGACCAUUCUGCAGAGAACGGCAUUCCUUCUUUGCGUACACGAAGGAGGUUCUUGUGAAGUUUCCCAAUCAUCUUUCCCCUUGCAUGGGUUCCAUUGUGGUUUCUGAUCUAAACCCAGCACUUGACUUCUCAAACCUUCAGCAUCACUUUGAAAGAUUCCCAGUGCACCUUGCUUGUGUGUGCUGGUACAGCAGUCCCCUUGACCUACCUUUUCCAAACUCUUUAAGAAUGUUUUAAUGUUUAGGUUCUGAACGCCAAGAAUUCCAGCUGCAUAAGGAUUUAUACUCAGUAAACAGGUUUAGCGACCCAAGUGAAAAUGCACCUUUUUAAGCACGACAUUGUUUUCAGAGGAUAUUGCUGUUUUGCUCAUUGGUGUCAUAUUCAGAAAAUUUUGCUAUUCCAGAGUAUUUUACUAGUACGUUUUUAUCAGUCUAGUUUUCAGAGGAGGACUUUAAACAAAGAAACACAUAAAAAAAGAAGAAAAAAAUGGGGAAAAAAAAAAUCUACCUUGAAAGAUACCUUAGAUUUCUGCAAUUAAUAUGCUUCUUGCUACUGCACUGAAUGCCAGUCGGGAAUAUGGAACUCGAUCUUAGAAUCAAGAUCCUCGUCUCGAUUGUUUCCCUUAGACACCAUUUUUUAAUCUAGUUCUGGGGUAUGAAGCUAGCAUAAAAAGAAAAAUAUUUCAAUGGUUUAAUUAAUAAUGAAAUGCAAAUCUCUGGCCACCCACAAGUAAUAGGGAGAAAAGCAUUUUAAUGCUCUAGGAGUUUAGAAGGAAGCAGAAUACAGAAUAGAGGAUGUUCUUUUAGAAAGAAAAACUUCCUAUAUCUAAAUCUAGAUCUAGCUAGCUAUAUAUACAUAUACAAACACAUAAAAAUAUGUGUGUAUAUGUAGUAUGUAGAGUUAUCUUACUUAGAGAACUAUCGAUUUCCUCAGUCCUGGGCCAGUCUGAGAUUUCCUGAAUAAUCAAGGUUACUCAGAGAGAUGUUUAUAACCAUAUAUGCUUUCUACAAAAUAAUUAAACUUCCCAUUCAUCUUUGCAUAUUUAAAAAAAAGAAAUGACUGCUUUAAAAGCAUGUUUAAAAUAUAGAUUUUUUGAUGUUUAAGGUAAGUAUUCUAUAUACAUGAUAUUGCUAUUGUUGAUGCAAAUCAAUUCUAUCAAGAGGCUUUUUAUUGCACUGUAUAUUUCGUUUAUCCCUAGGAACAGACUUAGUGAUUAUGUCUAAAAGUUUUGGGCGGAUAAGUAUAAGAUUAUAAUACUUAAAGUAAUAUUCCAGUAAUCAUUAUCAAAGGUUAAGUGCCCUAUUAUUAUCCAGCUUCAUGAAAAUAUAUUCCUCAGGAAGAUGUAAUAAUUUUAGGAAUUUUAUUUUUGUUUAAUGUUUGGAAAUUAAUAUGAAGAGUGACAAUUUUCCCUGCAAUAAAAGGUGAAGAACAUUUAUAUUCUUUGAAUGGUACACUAGCUACAUCUAUAGAACCAGUUUUAUUUUUAAAACCAAUUUCUCAUGUUGCCCUGAUUUUGAUGUCCUGGGUUCAGAUACAAGUAGAAUAAGGCUGUGAACAAGCUAGUAUAUGUUUUGCACUAAAAAUAUAAAUUUGAAACCCUUAAGGACCACACUGUUCUGAUAAUAAUAAUAUUCGUUAAGAAUGAAUCCUUCAUAAUUACCAACAUGUUUGAAAGUAGGCCAGACGAACAGACUCCCCCCAAAAGGAACGUCAGAGAAUUUUCACAGUAGUUUUUGUUGUUUGAUCUCUCUUGAACGAAAAUGAGAGCCUUCUGUUAGCCAGGCUAACAUUAAAGAAUCUGCCGGCUCCAUUGACCAGAUCUGCUGUGACCACCUUGAAAAAAGAAAGCAGCUGAGCGAAUGCAAUGGAAGGAAUUGGGGGAAAAAAAUCACUUCUUGUGAAUAAAUCAGUCAGCAACAUUUACUGAACACCCCCUGCGAGAAGAGCACUGUUCCUGGCAUUUUGCAGCACUACAAGGCUGUUUACCAUCUUUUGCAGGACAGAAUCUGUAUAUCUCACAAGGGAAAAACGUACCGGGUCAAAAUUUACAAGCAAUUUGAAAAUACUUUGUUUUUUCCCCUUCACGUCCGUUUCCCUUUCAUAAAUUUUACUCUCUGGCACUGAUUUAUAAGUCAAUUUCUCUUCCUCCCUUCCAUUGAUUCAGCCACCCACAGUGAAAUUUGGAAUUUUCGUAACUGGUGCUUUUUCAAGUAUUAAAGCCUUUUAAGGGCUGAAACGUCAUUUUCCCCCUUUUUACUGCCUAGACGUUCUCGUCCUGCAUCUGUCAUCGUAGUUUUAGCUUUUUAAAAAACAAAACACAAAAAUAUCACUGUUUCAGUGAAUAGCCACAUCGAUGGGUCUCUACCAGUGCAAACUAUUUUCAAAGCAGAGGUUACUGUGGAUUACUGGUGGAGUUUGAAGACACAACAUUAUACUUUGCAUUCAUGAGCUUCCAAGCACUGAGAGGGACCAUCAUCUUGACUUUAAAAGCGAAAAGAGAUCACAAUGUUCACUGAAGACGACAAGACAUUAUUUAAUGGAUUUUGCUUGCUUUAUUGCAUAUUCAAAGUCAGGGUAAUCAAAUGGACUUAAAAGUCAAAGAAGGGAAUAAAUAAAAUGUAGAAUGCUUUUUUAAAAUGUUUACUGCCAUCCUUUUGUAAGUCAGUUUUUAGACGACCUUUCUGGUUUUACAAUGAGUUAUAUGUUUAUGAGAAAGCUUUGCCAUAAAACCUAGUGCGCAUGACAGCAAAGGUUAGAUCAGCCUCAUGUCAGGGCAAAUAUCGUGAGGUUAAAAUGAUUUUUUUGUAAUAAGGUAAAUCAAUCAGAAACUUUAGGAAUUAAUUUAGUGUACAUUUUUGCUCUUAAGUAGAUUUGAAAACUGAAUUAAUAUUUGGAAUAUUGGCCUUCUGGGCAACCUGUGUCUGCCCUAGCAGAAGUAUUUCACACAUGUUCUUAAUGACUAUCUGGACAUUUAAGUAAAUCAGCAGAUACUUGAACACCUUAAUGACUUAAUUCUGUCUGUUGAGGAAAAAAAUUGGGAACAAGAUUAGCAGCGAAGCCUACAUUGGGUAAAAUUAUGUAGCACAAACUGAACAAUGAAGGAAGAAUUUUAUGAUUGUUGCAAAUCCUGCACUAUCUGAGAUGCCGUUUUCCUGGAAGAUGAUAGUGGAGGGAGAGGGGAAGUUAAAGGGUGAAGAAGUAAUAACAUUUGGAGAGGAGAAAGGAAGUUUGUACUCAAAUGUGUAUGCUCUUUUAUAUAUCAUAAGCAGCUUAGUUUCCCGUUGUAAUAUUCCAGAAUGGUCCGCAAAUAUCAUUAAGCAUAGGUAAAUUGUUUUAAGAUUAAAUAAUGUAUUGUAUAUAAGGCCAUAAAUACUCUUCUAAUGUAUCAUUCCGCAGGAGUGGUACAUAUUACUAUAUGAUAAAAAGUCCUUAAUGCACUGUUUUCUCCUAAAUAUUUAGUAAAUUAAUACUAUUUAAUUUUUUAAAGAUCUGUCUGUGUAGACACUAAAAGUAUUACACAAAAUAUGGACUUCAUAUGUCCUUUUUAACAGCAAUUUAAAGUACUUUUAUAUGUGUAAUUUAGUAUAUACUUUCCAAAACGCUCUAGUUUGUAUUUCCCAUGUUAUUAUUUGUGAAAGCAUACCUAUAUUUGUUUCCUUUUUCAAUGAUUUUCAUGCACGCAGCCUUCGUUUUUGUUAUUACUAGAUUGCUUUUCAUGUCCCACGGCUUUGCUGCUGCUCUAUUUAUGUGGUAGCCACAUUCUGCUAAACCCAUUCCAAUGGGUGGGCAAAAACAACUUCUCCUUUAGAGGUAAGAGUUUGUUGCUUUGGAGUUGUCCUGUCGUUCUUGAAAUGACUGUUCUGAGCUCAUUACAUUUAUUUUGUAUUCUCGGUUGUAAUAAAAUUUAAUUGACUUUGA